AGCGAAUGGCGCUCCAAAAAUGUGCCGAAACCAAAAACUAAGCCGAGGAUUAUAAAAAGUGUUUGGAAAAUUGGAUUAAGUGUUGAUAUGUUUGUAUUGGGUCAACAGAUAUCAUAUACUAUGUAUGAAGAAUCUUUGAGCUCCUAUGAAAUAGUCUCGUUCGACUUGAUGUAGAGUGCAAGGACGACUAUCAACUUUCACCCCUAUUUUCGUAGCUAAAUUCGUUAACACCCACAAAAGUGUUUUAUGUGAUUGAGCAUGUGUAUGUGUGGCGUUAUCACAGAAUCACUUUUAUUAUACAUCACAGUAAUUGUUUAACUACUUCCACGUAUACAAGUUGGCUAAUAUUUUGUAUCAAUUUAGACAAGAGCACUUUAUCAUACAUAUUUUCUUAGAUGAUCUUACGCUAGUGAUUUUUUUAUUUAUUUAUUGUGAAAAACAAUAACAAAAAAUGAUAAUAAUAAUAAGAAUAAAAAAUAAUCAUAAACAACUGCAUACGUGUUUAUAUGAUAAAUAUAUAUAAAUAAUUAAUCAAUGAAACGUAUAUUACAUAAAGUCAUUAGAAGCAUCCAAAUGUUUGUGAAAUAUAAUAGUGGUUUGGAAAAUAAAAUGAACCCCCAGACGAAUUUCUUUUUAAAUACAGAGAAUUAUUUGCUAUCUUUUGAUAGAAUCUCUAUUGAAAAUAAUAAAAUUACAGACUGUCCGACAACUUUGUGCCAUCUGAAAAGUGAAAAAUAUCGCACAGCGCCGCCUAAGCAUGAAACGACCGCGAGUUCAAAAUCGGAAAUAAGUGGCUCGUUACUAUAUUUUGGCUAUAAUUCUGAUGAUUAUGAGCGUGGCUUAGACUGGUCUACAAGCAGCUACAAUCCCAUACCGUUUUACAAAGAUAAACAAAAACAACGACGGGUUAGAACGACAUUUACGUCCAAACAACUCAAGGAGCUGGAAAAGAUCUUCCAAGAGACACAUUAUCCUGAUAUUUAUACGCGCGAAGAGAUCGCCAUGAAAAUAGAGCUAACAGAGGCACGCGUACAGGUUUGGUUCCAAAAUAGACGUGCGAAAUUUCGAAAACAAGAACGUCAAGCCAACAUAAUUAGCACGAAAGUACCGGAGAUUUCACAAAAACAAAUGCAAAACCCUUUCGCAUCCAGCUCUAAAUGUCUCUCGCCAUUCAUGAUGUCAACGCUACUUGCCACCGAGUCCAGUUCGAAAUCUUUACAAUUAAUUAAAUGAAACUAUUUGGGGCGCUAAAACUUCAUCUAAUACAUACAUACAUAUAUAAAUACCGACUUUUGUAAUCUAGAAAGUGCGUAAAUAUAAAAUACUUGUAUUAAAUGUGCAAUAUGUACAUAUGUAACUAUA